AUGCGUGUGGCGCAGAAUACGUUCAACCACUCCAGACAAAAAUACACGCAGCCAGCCGGAGGUGGCUGGCGCCCUGUCAAAGAGCUCUCAGAAAGUAUCAAAACGGCCUCAGCAACGGUCCAGAAGCAGCAAACGCAAAGCGUCGAAGUUCCUCCAAAAGAAUCCAAGGCCACUGGGGCUUCACUGCAGCACAGAGCGAAACUAAAGGACACGACAAAGCAAGAUUCGGCGUGGUGUUCAACUGUUGCUGUUGCUGCUGCUGCUACAGAUGCCGAAGAUAGUACCGCUCUUCUUGCCAUUGCAGAGGCGCACCGGAUGAAGCCGGGAGAGGAUAUUAAGCAGCAGCUGCAGGUGGCGCUGCAGCAGCAAGAUCAUAUUGGCAGCACUCCAGGGGCUCUGUCUAGGCUUGAGUAUCCUGUGACAUUGCUUGCCUCCCUUGGUCUUGAUAACGCUGGAGUUGGAGGAGGAAUUUACGCUCUUUCUAAAUACGUCUCGCGGGCCCUUCUCAGGAGAAAGGACUCCAACAUGCUUCUGUCGGGAGUGCGGGUAAUGGCCACGCUGCUGCAACUUGGCGUGCAGCCUGAAGGAGAUAACGCUGCAGUGGAAACAGCGGCGGCGAAAGUGUGGCAUGCUGCAGCUGCUGCUGCAACAGCUGAGGAAGGAACUUACUAUGAGGUGUCCCUUGAUGAGGAAGACUUUUUGCUAUUAAGCGACCCUGUAAAUAUUUGGAGUGCAAACUGUAGUCCGGAGACACUGGCAAGCUUCAAUAAUAGAGGCUGCCGAAAAGCCGAUGAUCUCGUCACUUUCAAAGCCCAGCGCAGCGGCAUUAUCAAUGCCCUCGGGAUAUGGUUUGAGUUUGACAUGGGAAAAUACACGGUGUCCACCCAGCCCCUUUCCGUGAGGAAGAUACUGGAGCAGCAGCAGCAGCAGGAGCCUGGAGGAGCAGUGAUUGGUGAUGCAACUGCUGGCAGUAGAGCCAAUGUGCAUUACACACAAGCCUGGAAGCAGGCAAUGGUCUACUUCCCUCCCCAGCCAGUGGGUUUUUAG